AUGGGGGAUGGGAGGAGGUCUGCCCCAGAGUCACCCUCAUCAGAGGCCGCUGAUGUCAUCUGUCCUGAAUAUCCCAAGCCUUAUAACUACCAAGAAAAACUUGGUGUCAAGCUUUUGGAUGACGGCAAUUUUCAGAGCCCUGGUGACAACAUAGGCCAUGCCUCGCUGGGUGCCCUGGUCACCUUCCACCAGGAAAAGCCACUUGGGCGUCAUGGCGAGCUGCUGAUCCAACCGCCUGGGCAGGUCAGGUGGGCUGUUCCCGUAUCAGUUCUGGCGGGCAAAGGUCGGAUCCUGAGAAGCCACUGCACCCGCGAAGGAAGGACCCGCAGCCACGCAGGGAGACCCACAGCCACUUCCUGUCCCCACAAAGUACUUUUUGGGGACACCUGCCAGAGACUGUGGAAGAGCCUCAGAAUGCUACCCCAAGAGGGCAGGAAGGUACAACAGCAGUCGAUGACCAGGGAGGACAGCCAGGAACACUCCCGGGACUCCAACGACCCUCAUGUGGUCCCUUCCCCACAAAACCCCUCAGAUCCUCAGGCCCACAAAGACAAAGAUGCUUCCUCCAAAAAGACCUUCAUGUCCACCAGCUGGAGUGAGGCGGCCACCUCAGUAGGGGCCUGGCAUCUGAAGGUAGUGAGGUCUCUUUCCACCCAGGCAUCCAAGCCAGAGCCCAUGGACUCUGCAAAAGCCCAGGACUGGCUGCCCGAGGAGCACUUCCCACCGCCACCCUUUGCUCCUGGGUAUUGCUAG